CACGGUGCUCAAAGGUGGACGAGGGCGAAGGAUGAAGAGGAGUUGAUCAUUAUCCAUCACCCUCCUGCCUCCGUUGCUCAUGAUCUUUCGAUUGGGAAGGCUGAUGAGUCUCUCGAACACGGUUGCUCUGCCUGCGUUGCUGUUUUGCCAGCUACAAAGCAUAAACUGCCUCACCACCCCUCCGUCUGCCUCUUCCCUGGACCCCCGAGGCAAGAGAUCUGCGUCCACGGCACACGGCCACAGCCUGUCUGCGCAUGAAGGCUACUGGUUCAGCAGCAAGGCGGCGUCCUCGACGCCUCCCUUCCUUCUGGAGCGCAUUCGCUCAUCGCCGCCGCACUCCCUCAUCGCUGGAGGGUUUGAGCCUCUCGAGGAUCACGACCUGUGAGUGAACCGCGGGAAUAGAAAGCGUCUAUGGGACACAGACGUGGUGUUUGUGGUGUGUGUGUGUGUGUGUCGAAGGUAUGAGGUCCCUCCCGAGAGCAUAACGGGCGAGCUGCCAUCAGGGCUGAGAGGCACGCACUUUGUCAACGGGGCGGGCAGGAUCAGGUAUGCACACGCACAGAGAUCCACCCCACUGAGCAUUGCUGAUUGUUUUCCUGCAUCUCCACUGUCAGGGUGGGCAACACGUUCUACGGCCACUGGUUUGACGGCGACGGCUUCAUCGCUGCGCUCAGCCUGACGGGCGACGGGAGGGCGUUCUUCCAAUCCAAAUACAUCAGGACGAAGAGGUACCUGGCACAGGAGAAGAUUGGUGCGUCGAAGCUGGCCAUGAGAGGGGCGUGGACCAACAAGCCGGGGGGCGUGUUCGGCAACAUGUGAGCAGCUGACGCACACCCACACACACCGAGGCGCACCUGAUGAUCACUUGUGCAGGUUUCGCAUCCCGACCAACCCGAGCAACACGGCCGUCCUGUACUAUGACAACAAGCUGCUGGCCUUGUGCGAGGGCGGUGUGCCCUAUCAGGUGGACCCGUACACCCUGCGGUCAAGCGGCAAGGGCACAGGCGACUACACCUUCGGCGGAGCCGUCACACAGACAUUCGGGUACACAGACACAUACGCUUGGCAUGAUGUAAGCUGACACUUCGCUGGGUCACUCCUAUCUGUGUGGUGUGUGCAUCUUGGACACAGCGCCCACCUCAAGCGCGACCCGACCACCGACGUCAUCUACAACUUUGGCGUCGAAUUGAGCGGGAGCAAACUCAUCAUCUUCAAGAUCUUCCCGCCUCUCACCCCAGGCACCCCCGGACACACCGACACCGCGUCCAUCGGGCUGCGGGGCUUUGUGCCGUUCACGCACGACUUCGCCAUCACUGAGAACUACAUAGUGGUGGUGUUUUCGGCGUAUGUGCUGGAGCAGACGAGGUCGCUCGGCGUGCUGCUGGGGAGAGGGACGAUUGGGGGCGGCUAUGAGUGGAGGGAAGACAAAGGUGCGGCCCAUCCCCCCCAGGACGUGCUGUCCUCACACCACACCCAUUGAAGGCAUCAUGUGUGGUGUGCAUGGUUGUCCACGCUUGGUGUGUGUGUGUCAGGUAGUCGUGUUGUGGUAUUGAAGAAGAGCGACCUGUCCUGCGUGGCUGACUUCAAGACGCCCGCCAUCUCUUUUUAUCACGUGGCCAAUGCGUUCGAGGACCCCAAGGACAACAGCACCAUCAGGUUACACAUCGCAAGGCACGCGAGAGCCAACAGAGAAGAGGUAGGUAUACAGACACAGACAGACACGCAUAGCAUAAGCCCACAUGCCAUGAGAGACCUAAUCCCUCUCUUUGCGUGUGUGUGAUCCAUCGAUCAGGUUGAGAAGUUCUUGUCGAGUCCGCAGCUGGUGCCCAACACGCUCGAUCGCAUGCCCGACCUUCACGAGCUCGAGAUCAGCCUCAAGGACAAGCGAAUCGUCCGCAACGUGCCUCUUGCCACGCCUUCAGGGGCCGUCAAGGGCUGCGCCGGAGAGUUCCCAAUCAUCAACCCCAAGAUGACCGGCAAACAAAACAGGUACACACAUACACAGCCACAGACAAACAGUGCCGCUCUCUCAACAGCAUGAGGCUCCUCUCUGUCUCCUUGCCUCUGCAGGUAUAUCUAUCAGACGUGCCUCGACACGACGUCGGCACCUGAUAACCAAGACUCGCAGUACUUCAAUGCGAUCCAGAAGGUCGACCUGCGCGGCGAAUCCUGGCCCAUCUACAGCUUCUCCCCUUACAGAGCGCCGAAUGAGGCCUACUUCAUCGCACGGGAGGGCUCCAAGGCUGAGGACGACGGCUGGCUGCUGGUGCCCGUGUACAACGCGUACCAGCACAUCAGCGAGUACUGGAUAUUCGAGGCGGCCGACAUCGCCAAGGGACCGAUCUCGGUGAUAUCGCUGCCGCACCACUUUCCCUUCACCUUCCACGGCACGUUUGUGCGCGGCCCCAAAGUCCCCGAUGGCAUGCUCAAGAACAGGGGGAGGGCAGCUGCGGCACCAGUGGCGAGAUGAGUGAAUGAAUGAUGGAGUGGGCGAGAGAGGGGGGUGUUGGUGGCUAGGCUAUGCUAUUUGUGUAUGUCGAUAUGUAAUCUAUAUCGUCUUAUCGGUUUGGUGGUGUGGUGUGGUGUGGGGGGUGUGAAGAGCGUCCCAGCUAGGCUGGACAGACCAAGUGGUGGGCAGUGUUUGUGCAGUGGGCCGAGAGCGUCGGAUGACGCUAUCUAGAGAGUCAUUUUGU